AUGAAUGUUCCAAGUCACGUGGUAUGGACUGUUCGGGUCUCUCCGACAAUUUCAAAUCGAAUUCUUUAUUCUUCUCGGUCGAUAUUGAAUAAAUUUAUUCCCGACAUAUAUAUUAAUACACACCACACCAAAGGAGAUAAGACAAGGGGUUUUAAGGUUGACGUCAUUAGAGAGAAGGAGAUUCAACAAGGGGGUGACAAGUUGUACUAUACUUGUGUUGGAGUUGGAUAUCGGAAUGCUAGCAAAGAAGCUAUUUGA